UGAGAUCUGCCUAGAAGCGAUGAGGAAACGAAAUAAUGAGAGCAAGAUCGCGAAAGGGCGACUAAACGAAAACACCAGCGUGAUCGACAAAAGGGCUGACAAGAAGGACAACAAAGAGGAGAUAAGCUUGAACGAUGAGAUAAACAAUCAAGGAUUCAGCGAUUGGCUACGAUCCAGCGAUGGCAUGGAAAUGAUGCGACUAUUUGUUAUUGCCAAUUCGGUUUUGGUGUUCGUCACUAUGGGGUGGCCGAAACUACAAGAGGCCGUCACUCUUCUCAGAGAAUAUUUUUGGGACGAAGAUUAAAUGAUUGUUUGCAAGAGA